AUGGUGAAAUACUUCCAAGAAAACAGAGUACUGGCCAAAGCAAUCGUGGAGGCUCUACAGGACUCCAGAUUUGAGGAGGAACUGCUUUUUGACUUGAAGAAAGAAAACCAGGUCUACCUCAACCGCACCAUGUCUUUGGUCAUCAAGUAUAUUGUUAAGAGAGAAGUGGAUAACUAUAGGUCUCGACGAACUGAUGCCAUUAGCAGAAGAAUCUACUCGUCACUUAUUAUGAAACUUAUCGAUAUUGCAAAGGAUCUACCCCGCAACACGAGUGCCAGCAACCGCAUAGAGACAGCCCAUAGAUACUACACGUCGGUGGAGAGCCGAGACAUGCACGACCAGAUGGCCGACGUGCAGGUCUUCCACGCGUGCGCACGGCUGUACGACAUUAUGUUCACUGCACCACGGAUCCUAGCUCAAUUGGGGAAACUAGAUGACCUCACGCCCCGACUGCUUGUGAGAAAACUUAAAGCCAUGGAGAUUAAGCCAGUGCAUUUAGGAGUGGCUUUACUUAUUCAGUACUACCUCCGCAACACCGUCAACUUCGCGAUACGGUCCCGCACCAUCGAGGUUCUAGCCACCAAGCCCCAGGACGUGGGUCCCCAGGUCAUCGACAUGCUAAAGGCGCUAGCCGCUCGUCUGCUGCCCGUGGCCGAAUUACUGGAUGUCCACCUGGCGCACUCCAGUCCUGCCUUCAAGGACUCCUGCCCUAACACCUGGCUUGGUAUUGUCAACAAUAAACAACUGCGAUAG